AUGUCUUCUCAAAGACAUUGGAUGUCUCCCCCUGCAUCUCUACUACAGCCACUAUCUGUCCCAGACAGGUUAUUACUAGGACCCGGGCCUUCCAAUUCUUCUCCACGGGUCUUAUUUGCAAAUAGCCGACAACUCAUAGGACAUCUACACAAAGAGUUGAUUCAGAUAAUGGAUGAUAUCAAGGUGGGAAUCCAGUAUAUAUUCCAGACACAGAAUCCUCUCACACUGGCUAUCAGUGGCACAGGCCACUGUGCAAUGGAAGCCGCCUUCCUGAAUUUGGUGGAACAGGGAGACAAAGUCUUAGUAGCGGUGAAUGGAUUUUGGGGAGAACGAGCAACUGACAUCGCAAGCAGACUUGGAGCUGAAGUACAUCAAUUGGUAAAGGCUCCUGGAGAAUAUUUUACUUUAGAAGAAAUAGAAAGGGGCUUGAUGCAGCAUGCUCCCUUUUUAUUUUUCAUCACACAUGGAGAAUCUUCCACUGGAGUAGUUCAGCCACUGGAUGGCCUGGGAGAUCUCUGUCACAGAUAUAAUUGCUUGCUACUGGUAGAUGCUGUGGCAUCAUUAGGUGGCACUCCAAUACUUAUGGACCAGCAAGGUAUUGACAUUCUGUAUUCUGGCUCCCAGAAAGUUUUAAGUGCACCACCUGGUGCUUCUCCCAUUUCUUUCAGCAACAGAGCCAGAAAGAAGAUUCAUACUAGGAAAACAAAACCAAUUUCCUUUUACCUGGAUGUGGAAGAGCUAUCUACAUACUGGGGCUGCGAUGGUAAUCCAAGAAAGUAUCAUCAUACUGCACCUAUCAGCACAUUCUUCUGCUUGCGAGAAGCUUUGGCAAUUUUCGCAGAAAAGGGACUAGAGACAUCCUGGAAGCUUCAUAAAGAAAACAGCCUCUAUCUCUGUGCAGGACUGCAGAAGUUAGGUCUCAAACCCUUUGUGAAAGAACCAGAUGCAAGACUUCCAACAGUCAACACUAUCUUUGUGCCCGAGGGAUAUGAUUGGAAGGAAAUAACUGAAUAUAUUAUGAAAAAUCAUGAGAUUGAGGUGUCUGGAGGCCUGGGUCCUUUAGCAGGCAAGGUUCUUCGCAUUGGACUGAUGGGCUAUAACUCCACUAAACCCAACGUUGACAGAGUCCUCCAAGCCAUGGGAGAGGCCCUCCAGCACUGUCUCAAGAACAAACUCUGAGUUCCUUCUUUUCACUUUCUCAUUCUUCAAUCUGCUUUGUGUAGAGGCAGCCAACCAACUGUUCUCUUCUACAGUUCAUUUGUCAAGAGAGCAGAGUUAAUGAACCAAGGUACUGGAGAAGCUUUCUACACAAGUUUCUUAAUUGCAUAAUUCAAAAAUACAUAUGUAGCUACAGGUUACAUUUUACACAAGGAUAAAAAUCUGUUUUCAUUUCAAUUAAUUUUUACUCACUAAUGUAAUCAAAUUAUAUUCAAAUUACUAAAUGGGAUUUGGCUUGUUGUCAUUCCUUUUGCAUCUCUGCACUGAAUGUAUAGUCUUGUGCAAAGUGGCUAAUGUUUACAUCAUAGACACUUUGAAUAGCAUGCAGGUGUAUCUAUACCAAUUUUUAUUUUUCCUAUUAUAGCUUCCUGUUUUUGAUUGUGAUACUGACUCUUCUAAACUUGAGUAAAUUAUUAUUGGAAAUUGUUGUACAUGCAAUACUGAGAUACACCUCUUUCAGCUAUAAGUUAUAAGUAUGGAAAGCCACCAUUGUGACCGAAUGAGUGACACCAAUGGAGUUAACUUGGAAAGAUAACUUGGAAAUCAUCUGCCCAGCCAGACUCUCUUGUUAUUCAGAAAGCAGACUAAGUUUGAAUCACUCAGUGGUUCAUUCCCCAUAUCACCUCCUGCUUCUAGAAAUUUUGCAAUGAUAGAACAGUUUCUAAACAACUAUAUGGCAUUUGUCAUAAUAUUUUAAAAAAUAUUUUAAACUGUAUCUGAAUAUUCAAAAGUAAAAAGAACCUGGGAAUAAGAAUUAUGAUAAACAUCAUCCAGCAAACUUACAUUAGAUAACAUUCCAUAUAAGUUACAACAAAAUGCUGCCAAAGAAAGAAUGUUUUUCAUUUAUUAAAUAUGUAGUUUUAUUACUCUCCAGUACCAACUUAAACAUUUUCAUUUUUUAAAAAGUCCAAAAAACUUUGAAAGAAUAGAAGGGCAUAGUUUCCCUUGAAAUCCUGGUGAUUACAUGUUCUUACUGAAAUUGAAAUUUUAUUUAUAACCAGUGACCAGCAAAUUAACUACAAUUAAAACAAUCUGUACAUAGAAGCAUGUUCAAAAUACAGUAAGAGCGAUAAAAUCACCAAAUGGAUGUGCCAGUUAAAAUUUGCAAAAAAAAAAAAAAGAGAGAGAGACUAAGCAAAAUGAAAUAAAGACACGCCUAAAGACUUCUUAGUGACAGCAUUACAAGAUUUGAGCUUUGUUAUGGCAAUAAUUGCUGAUAAAAACAUGGCAUUCUGUUCAUAAUCUCAGGCUUCUGGUCUGGGAACAGAAAAUAUGCCAUGUUCCCUCAUGGAAAACAUGAUCUCUACUAAAGAAUAGUACAGACACAAUAGCAUGUAAGUUGCAUAGAAGGGACAGUGAAGAAAUAUAUACAACCUCAUUCUGAUCACAGGGCCAAUUUCUCCCAAUGAAUGAAAUUUUAUAAAAUCUGGGAUCCUAUAUUGCCCUGAAGUGAGCCAAGGAAAAGGCUCUGUAGUGUGCUAAGUAGGCUACAUUGAACAGGGUGUUCACAGGUCAAAAAGGUUUCCAAGGAGGAACUCACUCCUGUAGAUUGUAGCGCUUAAGUCUGUCUGGUAUGUGAUGCUGAAGAUUCUUUGAUGAAUCUUGGCUUUUACUUUCUCUAGGUGUAGAAAUAGCAAAAAGCAGAUACAAAAUUGCAGUAACACUGGUGACCUAAGAUACUUACCAUCCAUCUUGAUGCACAGUCUUCAAGGAGAAUUCGUGGGGCUAAUGGGUCGUGGGAAAAAAGUUUGUAGUCAUAUUGCUGUUGGG